AUGAGCACUCAGGAGGAGAAAAGAUACGACCCAAAAGACACUACUCUGAAGUUUGUCAAGAGGGCAGAUGAUCUGGACCCCUACCCCACAGAGGAGGGAGAUUUGUGUCUCCGGGCAGAGAUGUCCUGCGGUCACGCCGUCACUCCUGAGUCUCUUACUGCGUGGUGUCGCAGCUUGCUGGAUCAAGGCCAGUACAAAUUCAAGUGCCCUGCUUUGAAGGAUGGUACUUUCUUUAAGUGUGACGCACUUUGGUCUUAUCAAGAGGUGCGCCGGCUGGCCGUGCUAACAACUGAAGAGAUGCAGCACUUUGAAUUGAACAUUGCCAGGAUGGCUGCAAAAGAAUACUGCGAAUUCAAAGAUUGUCCUGGGUGUAAGACCUAUUUGGAGAGAGAGGACAUGGAUAACCUAAGUGUGUGCUGCACAGUCUGCACAGCUGACAAAAAGAAAGCUUAUGAGUUCUGCUGGCAGUGUCUGAAGGUGUGGAAGGGUCCAGCUCCACGCUCCGACCGCUGUGACAAUGACAACUGUAUCAAUAUCGACCUUGAGCUUCUGAAGACGUGCAAGACCACGGCGCUCCCUCAGGUGCAGGGUGUUGAUGCGUGUCCCUCCAUCCGGGCCUGUCCCACCUGCGGUCAGAAAGUGGAGCAUGACAAAACGGGCUGUAAGAACAUCAUCUGUCCUCGCUGCCAGGUUGAGUUCUGCUUUGUGUGUCUAAAGCUCACUCCUGAGUGUCUGAAGACGAGCUCUUACUUCAUCCCCUGCAGUGGUGGUGUGGCUCCCAGACAGACCUCCAUACCUACAUGGCGUAGAAAUUAAUCUUGAAUUGGUACAGGCAUUUUUACUCAUGAUUUAGCUUUCAGGCCUCCUAUGUCAUACUGUAAUGGACUCUUCUUCUUGGGUUUUAUUGUAACUGCUUAUUCCUGUAUUCCCUCACUACUUACAUAAUGUUCUUAAUAUUGCCAUUAAUGUUAUAAAUAAAAUAAAUGAAAUCGAUCUGGGCUCAAUAA